UUUGUGGGGAAACGUUGAAAGUGUACAGAAGAUUUUGGAUAUCGCACUGCAGUUUGGACCCUUUACUAUAUGCGAUGAUUCUCUGAUUUCAGAGGCGCUUCCAACAGUUAUGUCAGCUUAUGAUGCAACAGUGGUGUUCGUCACUUCUUUCUUAGCAAUACCGCUUUGUUAUUUCAGUAACUAUGCAUUCAAUGCAGUUCAGUCAAAGAACGAACUACUGGUGUUCGUCAUCGGGGCCGUCGCAAUCCUGUUGGUAAUAUCCAUAACGUGGAGUUUGCUCAGGAAAAACAAUACCGGCAAAACGAACCCUUUGUUCACUGUGAUGAGUAUUUUCACACUGGCAUCAGUAGUGGACCUUAUAUCAGCACUCGAGUUGGAUGGCAUCAUUGAAGGUUUCAUGAGCUUUUAUCUGAAGCAUGGUGAACCAUACCUAAGGACUGCCCAUGGUACUAUCAUUAACUACUGGGAUGGCAUUAUUCACUAUGGGUUGUAUUUGUCCAUGCUGUCUGCUAUGGCAUGGAAUCAGGGCUACCAUGAAGUUGGUCUGUACUGGGUGGGAUCUAUCACACAAAGCAUGAUUGUGCUUGUGCUGGGUGCACUAACAGGGAAGUAUGGAAUAAAAUGGUCAUUUCUCCUGAAUAUCCCAUACUGUAUUGUGCCUGUCUGGUUUGGUGUAAAACUUUUGAGGGAACCGGUUCCAGUGCUAAAGGAAUCUUCUGAGUUCACCUUGAAGAGCAUUUGGAAGAGACCCAUUGAUGUACUGCUCAUCUUGUACUUCAUAUUUGCCUCAGGUUUGGCAGUGAUGAGAGGAAUGGCUUGUUUAGACUCAUCCAUGGAGUUUACAAGGCAAUACAAGUUGCAGUAUGAACCAUAUCUAGGAGACCCUGGGAAAUUUGGUACAGUACAGAUGCUGACCUAUUUGUUUUACUUCCUACCAUACUAUUUCCUGAGCAUGUAUGGUUUGACCAAUCCAGGUUGUUCUUGGAUGUUAGAUUGGUCAAUAAUACACGCAGGAGCAGCCGCCCAGGCUCAGGUGUCUUAUAUAGGGUCCUCUCUCCAUUAUCGCACACCAUAUCUUCUGCGGGUUCCACAGGACAUGCACGUGCAGAUUGUGUUUUGGAGUAUCAAUUUAAGUCUACAUGUGCUUAUUGUCCCCCAACUGGUCAUGUACAGAGUCGUCCAGUAUCCACAGUUCUUCCUUGAGAAAUCCAAGACAUCUUCCACAGCAGGAGACAACAGUUGGAACUCCCUAAACUCCAAGCCUGUGAAACAGCAUUGAAGAAAUUUAAUUUAGUGAUUGUCAUGUGUCAGAACAUACAGAGUAAAUGCUUUUUAGAGUUAAAAAAUUGAUCUUUAUUCUUUGUAUUGAUUUUUUUAUGCU